GAGCCCCGCCCCCUGCCCUGUGGCGGAGCUUAGCUAUCCCACAAUUCACUGCGCUUCGCUGGUUUCUCAGGAGGACGUUUCGUGUUGACCUAACCGUCAAAUAUCGGUCAAAGAUGUCAAACGUCAUUGAAGAGAAGAUUAAGAAUUACAAAACGGCCCCAUUUGACGCCCGUUUCCCCAAUACCAAUCAGACACGAAACUGUUAUCAAAACUACGUUGACUUUCACAGAUGUAAUAAGGCAUUGACUGCAAAAGGACAGGAUACUUCUCCUUGUGAAUGGUAUCAGAAAGUAUACAAGAGCCUGUGCCCCAUUAACUGGGUGGAGAAGUGGGAUGAACAGGUCCAGAAUGCAUCCUUCCCAGGAAAGAUCUGAACAAGCUGUGGUCCUUUGUUUACUAACAUCUCUGCAUCUCUUGUAGAUUACCUCACAAUUUAACCGUGUGUUACUUUGCAUCAGAUUGCCCUGACCUGAAAAUGACCUCCUGUGACCGUUAAGAGGCCCUGUUAUUCUACUUCUUACACAAUAAACGCACAAAGUGAUUUACAUUAUGUACUUCAUUUGAGAGGGAAGGGGCUGAAAAUCAUUUUGAUUUUCACUAGCACAACACAUACCAGCAACUAAGAUGUUUUUAGUUGUUAAAGGGGUGUGUAUUGUUGAAUAAAGAGAAAUGCAACUUA